AAAAUCUCUUUUUCCAGCACAUAUGGUUCGUGUUGUAGUGAAAAUAUAGACGAAUUAAUUAAAUUUUUAGAAUGAUCGUAGAAAAGAAAAAGAAAAGAGUUUCCAAAAGGAAUAAAACGGCUUGGCGAAAACAUAGUGAUAUAAGAGAUGUCGAAGACUUUUUAGAAGAACAAAGAUUAGAAGAACGACUUGGGCACAUUGAUAAGAAAACAGAUGAUGAAAUCUUCAAAAUUGAUACUAUUGGCGAUGAUGUAGAGGAAAAACCUGAUGUGAAACCUCUGUCAGCCAAGCAGCAGAAAAGAGCUAAAUUGGUUGAGACACCAAGAUGUUUUGAAAUCUUGCUGAACUCCUCAAAGGUGGAAGAUCCAAAUAGGAAAAGAAAUCAUUUAAAGCCAGUGGGAUCAAAACCAACAGAUCUAUCUAAGCUUACAACUAAAAGACAUAUAGAGAAAGGAACUAUUUUGAAAAGAUUGCAACUAGCUAAAAAGGAUAAAAGACAAGCCAUACAAAAGAAGAAAAAAGCAAAGAAUGUUCGGCAGACAUAUAAUAAAAACCUUUGGGGUACAGAUUUGCCAGAAGCAAAGGGUAUCCCCGACACACUGGUUGGUGAUUUCACAACCACAGAAGCUCAGUUGCACAAUGUGCCAACAACUCGCAGACUAAGACCUAAACCACCACCACCCAAGAUUGUUGUAAGCCGCAAAGCUGUGGAACUGCCACAUGGGGGAAUCAGUUAUAACCCCGCAUUCGCAGAUCACCAAGAACUGCUGCAGUCAGUAGUGCAGCAUGAACAGAAGAUGAUGAAAAAGGAAGAACAUCUUCACCGGGUCACCACCAAGAUGUUUAGUAGGGUGACUGCUAAGGAGAAACAGAUGGAGUGGGAAGAAGAAAUGAGUGUUGGACUGCAGCCUCAUAAACCCCAGGAUGACUCUGAGCCCAGUGACAAUGAGUACAGAGCCGUGAACCCACCCGUCAAAAACAAGAAGAAAGACCACAAGGCGAGAAGGAAGCAGCGAGAGCAGAUACUAGAGAAAGAACGACGGAAACGAGAGAAGAUUGAUAAGAAGAAGAUUACUGAUCUUUACAAGCUCCGUAAACUUCAAUCAUCAAUAUCAAAGUCGGAAGCUCGGGGCGAAGUCCAACGCAAGAAACGCACAGAGAAACGUCAACAGCACGAGAAGACGGCACUGCCCAAUCUCAACGCGCAUAAGACCCCUGCAGUGGAGCCUGACUUCCUGCCUCCGGACCAGCUUUCCGGAGAUCUGAGGACUGUGUCUACAAACACAAACCUUCUCCGGGAGAGGUUCGAGUCGCUCCAGCGUCGCGGCGCCCUCGCGGCAUCGAAGGUGAUGAUGAAGAAGAAGAGAAGGAUCAAGAGUUACUUCAAGGCUGGACAUAAGGUUACCGAUGCAGAUGUCCAGAAGUAUAUCAAUAAGCUUGACGGUACUGCCAAGGGUAAAUAAAUGUAUCUUUAUUUGG